AUGGACUAUGCUUACAGGGUUCUUAAAAAUAUGAAGUAUUUCUACAACACCAUCAAUCCAGCCACGCUUUCAGGUGCGAUUGAUGUUAUUGUGGUGGAACAACCUGACGGAGAACUGAAAUCCACUCCUUUUCACGUUAGAUUUGGGAAAUAUGGGGUUUUCAGCUAUAGCAACAAGUAUGUUGAUAUCCAAGUCAAUGGUGAAGAGAUCGACCUGAAAAUGAAGCUGGGUGAGAGUGGCGUCGCCUUUUUCGUUGAAGAAGCAGAUAGUCAUCAAGUUCCAUCUUACAUGCUGACAUCACCAUUGCCGGAGCCAGGAGGAUCGCAACUGCAGUCUACUGAUCAAGUGUUAACAGAAAGUGCAAAGAUUCUGUGCGAAAAUCCUACUGUAGGAAGUAAUGAGCGAGUAAAGAAAACAGCAAGAGAUGGUAGUCCUGAAGCAGUACGGAUACCAGAAUUCCAACAGCAAUCAUUAUUAGAAGUUCAACAGAGGAAAAGGAACUUACCGUUCAAUUCUUCAGUUUUCAGUCGGCUUUUUUUAAAGAAUGAGUCGGAUUCGGAAGAAUCAACGUUUUCAUCGAGUCCGGUACAUUCAUUACUCGAUCCACGUGAUGUCGACCGUAUUGCGGACGGUGCUUUAUCCGACUCAGAAGUGGAUCGACACCGUAACACUCCAGAGCCUCAUGCAAAUGACGUCACUGACUGGAAAUGGGGUCAGUUACCCGAAACAAGAGUGGAUAAACUAAAGCAAGAACAAGGAAAGGCAGCGGGUGAAACGUCGAGUUGGAUAUGGUUCCCUUGGGGAACUCGCUCAUCGCCUGCACCGGCUGCGCCUGCUGUGGAAGAAGGCAUUUCUCUUGAUGAACUCUUCAGUCCUACUUCUGCAUCUGAUCCUUCGAAAUUUGAAAAAUAUUUGGGAAAGGCUGGGAGUACAGCCCCUUUGAGUGAAGAUGAGCUUGAAGAUGUUCAAUCUAGUCGUUCAUAUAUGUUAUCACUUCGUCUUUCUUCUGAAAAACUUAGAAGUCUUGGUUUGGUGUAUGGAGCAAAUGAAUGUCGGUUUAGCAUCACUACUAAGUUUCAGGGAACAUCAUGGUGUAGUUGUAACAUAUACUUAUACAAGUGGUACGAACGGAUUGUGAUCUCCGACAUCGAUGGAACUAUAACUAAAAGUGAUGUACUUGGCCACGUUAUUCCAGCUAUCGGUGGCACAUGGGCACAUGCUGGCGUAGCUGAGUUGUACACCAGAAUAAAGAAUAAUGGAUAUAAGAUGGUGUAUCUGUCUUCUCGUGCUAUUGGGCAGAGUCACACAACGAAGCAGUACUUGAAGAGCAUUGCUCAGGACAGCAAGCAACUUCCAGAUGGUCCCGUAUUGCUAUCCCCGACCAGCGUCCUGGUUGCAUUUAGAAGAGAAGUGAUUGAAAGACGACCGGAAGAAUUCAAAAUCGCUGCAUUAUCCGAUCUGAAGAAACUCUUCCCUGUGAAGCAACCAUUUUUUGCAGGAUUCGGCAAUCGAGAAACUGAUGUGACCACCUAUCUUGCAGUGGGUAUCAUGCCUGCUCGGAUUCUUAUCAUCGAUCCGUCUGGUCGUGUACGUCGGUCGGAUUCUGUCGGAUACGUCAGCAAUUAUUCGUCAAUGGCUACUGAGACGGUCGAUUAUCUGUUCCCACCACUUAUGAAGAUGAAGACCUCCCAGCUACGAUAA